AUGGAUCCAGAAAAAUAUUUGAGGGUUGGUCAAGCUCUUGGGUUUAGUGGAAAAGAACUCCAAGAUUAUGUAGAAAAAGAACAGAAAGAUGCUCAGAGAGAAGCGAGAGGUGAGAGAGCUGAAUUGUUAGAAUUGAAGAGACAGGAGAAAGAGAUAUUAGAACUACAAUUGGAAUUAGCAAAGGCUAAGCAGGAUGGUACUUCAGACCCAGGAGGUCAGUCUAGUAGUAAUCGAAGUUCGGCUAGGACCCCUAAACUCCCAGCAUUUAAUGAUGGAAAAGAUGAUAUUGAUGCGUAUUUGCAUCGUUUUGAGAGAUAUGCGAUAGGGCAAGGUUGGAAGAAAGAAGAUUGGGCAAUGAAUUUAAGCGCCCUUUUGAGUGGGAAGGCUCUAGAUGUUUAUUCUCGUUUACCAGAUAGGGAUGCUAGUGACUUUGAUGAACUUAAGGCAGCCUUACUGCAGAGAUAUGAUUAUACAGCAGAGGGAUUUCGGAAUAAGUUAUUCACUAGUAAACCAGAAGCGGGUGAGACUGGUCACCAAUAUGCAGCCAGAAUUGGGAAGUAUUUUGAUAGGUGGAUAAAGUUAGCUGGAAUAAAGGAGAAUUUCGUAGAGUUGAGAGAUCUCAUAAUAAAGGGACAAUUUGUAGAUAGUUGUAGUAAAGAACUGUCACUCUUCCUUAGGGAAAGACAACCUUCUGAUUUAGAGACUACCGCUGAACUAACAGAACAAUACUUAACAGCCCGUGGGGGUAUGUUCACUCAGUCAGGUUCUAGACAAAUCAGAAACCAGGAUAGAUUUGUAAAGAAACCCGAAGAUAACCAAGAUCACAUCACCCUACAGUGUGGUCAUUCACUUCCAAUUGUAAGUGCCGCAUGUAAUAGCAAAGUAAAUAUAGAUAAACGAAUGCCAGUAACAAAAGGUAUUGUUGGAAAUAAACAGGUCUCAGUACUUCGGGACAGCGGCUGCAGCAGUGCUGUGAUCCGUCAAAGUUUGGUACUUCCAGAACAAAUGACAGGUAAGGAAACCACAUGUAUUUUAAUAGAUGGGACUGUAAGGAAAGUUCCAGUUGCAAGAAUCCAUGUUGAUACACCCUACUUAGUCAAAACAAUUGAUGUACUUUGCAUGAAGAACACCUUGUAUGAUCUUAUUCUAGGUAACGUGCAAGACAUCCUCCCUCCAGAUCACCCAGACCUCAAUUGGACUCCAACGACACAGGCAAAUGCUGUUCAAACUAGGAAUCAAGUCAAGAAUGAAGGUAAACCACUUCGACCACUUAAAGUUCCUAAACCCUUACAGGAUGUUGUCACCCCAGAGAAACUUAAGGACGCUCAGCAGACUGACGAAUCACUUCGUCGUGCUAGAGAACUAGCAGAUUCCCAACAAGAGAAAACUAAUAAUCGAAAUGCAACUUCUUCCUAUUAUUACAGAGAUGGUAUAUUAUUUCGCAAGUUUCAUUCCCCUAAUGUUGAACAUGACAGUGUCUUCCACCAGGUAGUUGUGCCCAAGUCACUUCGAACUCGAGUGAUGCGCCUAGCUCAUGAAACCUUAUUUGGAGGCCACCAAGGUGCCAAGAAGACUACUGACAAAAUAUUAACCAAUUUCUUUUGGCCAGGAAUCACCUCUGAUGUCACCAGGUAUUGUCAAUCAUGUGACGUAUGCCAACGCACCCUACCGAAAGGUAAAGUAAGCAGGGUUCCUCUCGGUACCAUGCCACUAAUAGAAAUUCCAUUUCAACGUAUUGCAGUUGAUAUUGUAGGUCCAAUACAGCCCAUGACAGAACGCCGGAACAGAUACAUCCUCACUAUCGUAGACUACGCAACUCGGUAUCCAGAGGCCAUACCACUACCAAGUAUCGAAGCUGAACGGGUAGCUGAAGCCUUAGUAAGUGUAUUCACAAGAGUAGGUAUUCCUAGUGAAAUGCUAACUGAUCAAGGCUCUCAGUUUACGUCUGAAGUAAUGAACCAUAUCAGUAGACUUCUCUCUAUCAAACAGAUAACCACUUCACCAUAUCAUCCCAUUGCCAAUGGAUUAGUGGACCGUUUCAACGGCACACUGAAACAGAUGCUGAAACGCAUGUGCGCUGAACGUCCAUCAGAUUGGGACAGGUACGUUGAACCUUUGCUUUUUGCCAUUAGAGAAUCUCCACAGGAAAGCUUUGGCUUUUCUCCUUUUGAACUUCUUUACGGCAGGAAGGUUCGUGGACCAAUGGCGAUCUUGAAAGAACUAUGGACAGGUAAUGUGGACGUAGCCGAAACCAAGACAACAUAUGAGUAUGUAUUAGAAUUAAGAAACAGGUUAGAAGAGACAUGCCAGGAAGCUCAUCGAUCACUCCAGAAGUCAGCUACUCGCUACAAGAAACAGUACGACAAGAAGAGUAAGGUACGUUCCUUUGUACCAGGUGACAAAGUCCUUCUCUUACUCCCCACAGAUCGAAGCAAACUACUCCUUCAGUGGAAAGGACCUUUCAACGUGAUUGCCAAAAUCGGUGCAUCUGACUACCGGAUAGAUCUGAAUGGCAAGACGAAGGUCUUUCAUAUCAACCUUCUGAAGAAGUAUAACGUACGACAAGACGAGGUAAGUUCUCUUUCUCACCCACUAAUGACCCUCACAGAACCAGAGAUAGUUGCUACCGCCGUCAUAGAAUGCGAAGAGGAUACAACAGAGACAUCUCUUUCUAACAAAGCUUUACUCCAACCAUUUCCUCUUGAUUCACAGGAAACCGUAGCCGAUGUGACGAUCAACCAAGAUCUAACCUCUACCCAAAGGAAAGAAAUUAAUCAAAUACUAACUGAAUUUCAAGAUACCCUUACAGAUCUUCCAGGCCAGACUACACUAGGUCACCAUGACAUCAAACUGACAGAGGAUGAACCACGCAGGAGCAAACCAUACCCCAUUCCUCACGCUCUCCGACAGACAGUCAAAGAUGAAGUACAGAAAAUGCUUGCACUUGGAGUAAUUGAACCCUCUAACAGUCCAUUUGCUUCUCCCAUAGUGUUAGUUAAGAAACCGGAUGGCAGUAACAGAUUCUGCGUUGAUUACCGCAGGCUCAAUCAAAUCACAGUCUUUGACGCCGAACCAAUCCCUGACCAAGAAGAACUCUUCACCAAGUUAUCACAUGCCAGGUACUUCACCAAAUUAGACCUCAGUAAGGGCUACUGGCAGGUCCCCAUGUCAGAGUCAGCCAAGCACCUUACUGCGUUCCUAACACCCGAUGGUUUAUUUCAGUUCACCAUGAUGCCGUUUGGCUUAGUCAAUGCCCCGGCGACUUUCAGUAGACUUAUGAGGAAAGCCCUCGAGGGUCUCCAUGGAACAAUCAAUUACAUAGAUGAUAUACUAAUCUAUUCCUCCACUUGGUCAGAACAUGUACAGGCACUGAAAGAGCUUUUCCAGCGACUCCGUGCUGCUAACCUCACUGCCAAACCAAGUAAGUGUCAUGUAGCUCAAGAACAGGUAGAAUUCCUAGGACAUGUCAUAGGUAAAGGUGAACUAGCACCAAGACCGCAGAAGGUAACUGCAAUCAACGAAAUCAGUAAGCCUCAAACUAAGAAACAGUUGAGAUCAUUCCUAGGUACUACAAAUUACUAUCGUAAGUUCAUUCCGAACUACUCGGCAAUCGCCGCCCCCUUGACUGACAAGUUGAAAAACAGUGAACGAAAUCAGGUAAUAUGGGGAGAGAAUGAAGAGCAAGCUUUCCAUACUCUCAAGUCCAAAUUGAGUAAUUUUCCCAUAUUACGACUUCCCGACCUCACAAAGAAAUUUGUGUUGAGAACAGAUGCAUCCGACAACGGCAUAGGCGCCGUUUUGUUACAAAAGCAUGCUAACGAGAAAUUCCCAGUCGCAUAUGCUAGUAGAAAGUUGAAGGAUAGUGAAAAGGAUUACGCCGUGAUCGAAAAAGAAUGUUUGGCGAUCAUUUGGGCCGUCAAGAAGUUUGAGACAUAUCUCUAUGGAAACCAGUUCGAUCUCGAAACCGAUCACCAGUCCUUAACGUACAUUCAUCGUACUAAAGUAGCCAAUCCAAUGGUCAUGCGAUGGGCACUAGCUUUGCAGCCCUAUCGAUUUCGACUAGUGUCAAUAAAAGGUAGUGAUAACGUAGGGGCAGAUCUCCUCAGCCGCUUGUAA